CAAAUUUAAGCUCCAGUAGUCAAGCAUGGUGGAUCCCCUAUUCCGUUGCGUUCCCAAAUUGAUGUUUCAAGUUCCUCACUCUCGAUUUGCUGGAGAAUAUUAAAAUGAAGAAGAACGAAGGUGAAUCUCACGUGUUCUGGUUCGAAACCUCAGACUCUGUUUGUUGCCGACACCAGUUUGAAUCCGAUGGUCAACUCACCGUAAAGCUUGUUGAUGAUUCCAGACCCUUAUACAAAAGGGUUGUUGGGUCUUUCAUGAAUAAAUUUUUCCCCUCGGGAUAUCCUUACAGUGUGAAUGAAGGCUAUCUUAGAUACACACAGUUUCGAGCAGUGCAACAUGUUAGCAGUGCAGCACUGUCAGUGCUAUCAACUCAGUCACUGCUUUUUGCUGCAGGGUUGCGGCCCACUCCUGCACAAGCAACUGCUGUUAGUUGGAUUUUAAAGGAUGGAAUGCAACAUGUAGGGAAGCUAAUAUGUAGCAAUUGGGGUGCAAGAAUGGAUUCUGAGCCUAAACGUUGGAGACUACUAGCUGAUGUGCUCUAUGAUUUAGGCAGCGGCUUGGAAGUGCUUUCUCCAUUAUGCCCACAUCUUUUUCUUCAAAUUGCAGGCCUAGGAAAUUUUGUGAAGGGGAUGGCAGUUGUUGCAGCAAGAGCAACAAGAUUGCCUAUAUAUUCUUCAUUUGCUAAAGAAGGAAAUCUCAGUGAUCUAUUUGCUAAAGGGGAGGCUUUUUCAACUCUCUUUAAUGUUAUUGGAAUAGGAGUUGGAAUUCAAUUAGCAUCCACUAUCUGUACAUCAAUGCAGGGAAAGUUUGUUGUGGGUCCUCUCCUUUCAAUUAUACAUAUAUACAGUGUGUCUGAAGAAAUGAGAGCAACUCCUAUAAAUACCUUGAAUCCACGGAGAACUGCAAUGGUUGUAGCUGAUUUUCUCAAGGCAGGAAUUGUAUCAAGCCCUGCUGAUCUAAGAUACAGAGAGGAUCUGCUGUUUCCUGCGCGACUCACAGAAGAUGCUGGAAAUGUUAGAGUGGGGAGGGCUUUGCACCAGGUUAUUAAGCCUUCUAGGUUUCUUGAAUUAAAACAAGUAUUCCCUAAGGAGAAGUUUCUUUUAAAUCGUGAGGGUAAAUGCAUUGACAUGGUAUUGGAGCAAAAUGCUAGUGGUGAAGAUGCUUUGAGAGGGUGGCUAGUUGCAGCAUAUGCUGCACAAAUUGAGAGUUCCUUUCAUGAGUUCAGUGCUAAUGUCAUGCAAGAAGCAUACGAGAAAAUGAAUGGUGCCUUUCCUUUAUUUUUAAAAGAACUACAGAACAAAGGGUGGCACACUGAUCGUUUUCUGGAUGGCACUGGGAGCAGAUUUGCAUUCUAGUGUUCAAAUAAAUCCUAUAUUGGCUUGAAUACAUUUUAACCAUUCUUUGAGAGAAAUUUUAAUGGACUCUGGCUCUAUUAAAUCCAAUGGU